AUGAGGAACGCGAGCAAGGAGCUCCAGGGGGCCACCAGCCGCUAUGCUCCGUGUGACUGGUACUACCACCUGCCCGUGAGGCGGUCCGAGAAGGCUGUGGACGCCCCGCCCGUGUCCCAGAUCCCCGGUCUCAGCGUGCUCCGGGACCCGCCCCACGGGCACACGCCGGGGACGCGGAGGUGCUGGGUCAAGGAGACGGACUCAGAGUACGUGAAGCUGGCCAAGCAAGGCGGCCGGCCUGAUCUGCUGGUGCACUUGGCCCCGGAGAUGGCGCUGGGCACGGGGACCAGGAAGGGCUCCCUGGCAGCCCAUUCCUUGCCGGACUGGUACAUCCACCACAGCAAGCCGCCCACGGGCAGCCAGAGACAGGUGCUGGCCGCCUGCGUGCCUGACUACAUGGUCCAUGAGGAGUUUCACCCCACUCUGGCCGACGGGGGUUAUGAGUCCCGACGGGGGCCCUUCGACUUCGACAUGAAGACCGUUUGGCAACGAGAGGCUGAGGAACUUGAAAAGGAGAAGAAAAAGGUGAGGCUCCCAGCCAUUAACUCCAAGAACCCCAGCAAAGCAGGGACCCCACUGGGCCCCAAAGAGCCGGCAGGAAGUAGACUCUCCUUCCCUCCCAUGCCUGGUCAAAAAACCAGUUCACCCACCAACUUUUCCAAACUCAUCAGCAAUGGGUAUAAGGACGAGUGGUUACAGAGGCGACCCGAGGUGGACAAGAGCCCCCCGCAGACGUCCAGGGCAUCCUCCUCGGCUCAGCCCCCGAAGGACCUGGAGGGGCAGGAGGCCGAGCCGCCCCCAGACCCGGAGGCUCCAGAAGGCUCCGCGGAGGCCCCAGGUGCAGCAGCCCCUCCGUCGUCCACGUCGACGCCGGCGGAGCUCAAGUAG